AACACACUCUGCUUGACAAUCUGCACAUUUUAAUUUGUCUCUUUGUGGAAUUGGUCAUCGCAAUAUCGGCUCUGGAAAAUUCUUAUUACUGCCUGUCUAGUUCAAAGUAAUUACUAAACUCCGUGUUUAAACAAUGGCUUCAAUUAGUUUGUUGAAUCCCAAAGCUGAAUUUGCCCGUGCCGCAAAUGCCUUGGCCAUAAAUAUCUCGGCAGCCAAGGGUUUGCAAGAUGUCAUGCGAACCAAUUUGGGACCCAAAGGAACAAUGAAAAUGUUGGUUUCCGGCGCUGGCGAUAUAAAAAUCACCAAGGAUGGCAAUGUUCUUUUGCAUGAAAUGCAAAUUCAACAUCCAACUGCCUCUAUGAUAGCCCGUGCCAGUACCGCCCAAGAUGAUUCUACUGGUGAUGGUACUACAUCCACUGUUCUGCUCAUUGGCGAAUUGCUUAAGCAAGCUGAUAUCUUCUUGGCCGAAGGUUUACAUCCUCGCAUUGUCACUGAAGGCUUUGAGAAAGCUCGCGAGCAAGCCUUGGCUGUCUUGGAGACAAUGAAAAUUCCCAUUGAAGUCAAUAAGAAGAAUUUAACUGAAGUUGCUCGUACCAGUCUGAAGACUAAGGUCCAUGCAGCUUUAGCCGAUUUGUUGACCGAUGUUUGUGUUGAUGCCAUUUUGGCCAUUCGUCAAGAUGAGAAACCAGUUGACUUGCACAUGGUGGAAAUUAUGGAAAUGCAACAUAAAACUGCCACAGAUACUUCUCUGAUUAAGGGUUUGGUUAUGGAUCAUGGCUCCAGACAUCCUGAUAUGCCCAAGCGUUUGGAAAAGGCCUACAUUUUGACUUGCAACGUUUCCAUGGAAUACGAGAAAUCUGAGGUAAACUCUGGUUUCUUCUAUAAAACUGCGGAAGAACGUGAAAAGUUUGUCAAGGCUGAACGUGAAUUUAUUGAUCAAAGAGUCCAGAAAAUCAUCGAAUUGAAACGUAAGGUCUGUGAUGGUACUGACAAGUCAUUUGUGGUCAUCAAUCAAAAGGGUAUUGACCCCAUGUCUUUGGAUGCCUUGGCCAAAGAAGGCAUUAUGGCCUUGCGUCGCGCCAAGCGCCGUAACAUGGAACGUUUGGCUUUGGCCUGUGGUGGUACUGCCAUGAAUUCGGUCGAUGAUUUGGAAGAAUCUCAUUUGGGCUAUGCUGGUGUUGUCUAUGAACAUGUAUUGGGUGAGAACAAGUAUACAUUUGUCGAAGAAUGCAAGAAUCCCCAAUCUGUGACCAUCUUGAUCAAGGGUCCCAACAAACAUACCAUUGUCCAAAUUAAGGAUGCCAUUCGUGAUGGUUUGAGAGCCAUUAACAAUGCCAUUAAUGACAAAUGUGUUGUCCCAGGAGCCAGUGCUUUCGAAGUAAGAGCCUAUAACCAAUUGAUGAAACACAAGGAUACCGUUAAGGGCAAGGUACGCUUGGGCAUACAGGCAUUUGCCGAAGCUCUUUUGGUUAUACCCAAGAAUUUGGCCAUCAAUAGUGGCUAUGAUGCUCAAGAUACCAUAGUUAAGUUAACAGAGGAGGAUCGUCUAAAUCCUGAUCCUGUGGGUCUGGAUCUAUCCACGGGAGAACCCAUGAAACCUGUAGAUCUGGGCGUAUACGACAAUUACAUAGUUAAGAAACAAACAUUGAAUUCCUGUUCGGUAAUUGCCAGUAAUCUCUUGCUGGUCGAUGAGGUUAUGCGCGCCGGCAUGACUAGUCUAAAGGGUUAAUACUCAGAGAUCACCCAAAACAUUUGAGAUGAAAUAUAUACCACCCGCUUAUCUAACAUUUAAUGUA